AUGACUGACAGUCCCAAGGUACAUAACUUCAUUCAAGAACGGCUAGAUGCUUUAAAUUCUAUAGAUAGACGAAUAGUGGAGCUUCUUGAAGGAGUGUCUAAGAUCUUUGAGACUUAUUCUGAGCCAAAGCAAGCGGACGUCACCCCAUUGAAGGAUCAAAUAGUGUCACAGGCUAGAGACAUAUAUGAUUGUAUAAGUGAUGUUGCCAUUGAUCUUCGGAAAGAAGUCAAGACCAUGGACGACAACACAGGGGUCUACAACAAGAAUAAGGACAACAUUAUGCUUUUACCCAUUUCGGUAGGUCAGAAGAACACUACUGUGGGGUUGACCAAAUUAAAUGAACAAUUACAAAUCAUGGAUCUGCUUGUUGGGCCAGUGGAUGUACCAUCUGAGCCUGAACCAGAAUCUGAGCCGGAGCCUGAGCCUGAGCCUGAACAAGAACAAGAACAAGAACAAGGGCCUACACUAAAUCCUGAAUCUGAAUCUCAACCUGAAACCAAGGAUAUGACUAAGAAUGAAAGUACUGAGAAAGAACAGAAUAAUCAAGAAGAGACUCCAGUAAUAGAUAUUAAGCCUGAGCCUACUGAAGAUAAGGAAGUAUCGAGCAACGAAGUAAAGAAGGAAGCUACAAUUGAACCAGGUGUAAAGUCAGAGGGGGAUGAGGUCAAACAAGAGAAUCAAAAUUUAAUGGACGUUGACAUUGAUGUAAAGCCACAAGAAGCUUCAUUAGAUAACAACACUGCCUUUGAACAACCAAAUGAAAUCAUAGAUUUAGAUAACGAAGAUGGGCUCAUGGAUUUAGAUAAACCUGAACUGUCAUUCCCUGAAGUUAUUGAUUUAGAUGAUAUUUCUGCUUCAGGUGACUUCCUAAUGAAAGAAUGA